GUACAAGUGCAUGUACAACGGUGUCAUGAUAUCACAUUUUUUGGUUAACAGGCGAGUCAUCCGGGGUUUGGCUGUGCCGGAUGCUGGCAUCGUGCUUUCACGGUACAGGCAGCGCGACAGGCCUUUUUGGAACGCCCAUCCCAACGCUAUGGAGCCCUUCACGAGGCGACCCACGAUGCCGAUGGCGGAGGGCGAUCCAAGGUUUCCUCUUUGAAGGACGGCGCAGGAUAUCAAGCGUUCCAAGGACGACGAUCUCGCAGGGCAGACCUGGGGUCGAACCUCAAUCAAAAACUGCGGAUUUCGUAAUGGAAUGUAAUGCCAUACAAUCUUUCGGCGUUUUCGGUUUACAUGGGCAAGUGUCAGAUGAGGUCGACGCUGGGUCACGGUCGCGUAGGUUGGCCGCAUCAAGCAACAGUGGGCAUAAUUAUUCCAUUACCUCGGUCGUUCAUUCGCAGCUUCACCCAUUGCGCUUCUCGAGUGACCUCAUAAGAGAAAGCAAUGCUAUUCGGACUGAACCGAAUUGCUACGGCAUGCACAAGGUCAAGAGCCGAUUACUCCGGAAAAGCGUGAGCAUGGUUUCUCCACUGUCCCCUGACGACACUCGCAGCGCGCGAAUUGCCGUCGGUGCCUGACUCGGGUCGUCUCACAUCGGGCCGGUCCCACGCCGUCGGCCGGGCCACCCAUGGAAGCGCGACGAAACGGUACCGAACGGCAUGGGUUCCUCUACAGAGGAAAGGCACAAUCAAUGCAUCAUCUGUUCACCCCGCUGUCGAGCCCGAGGCAAACGAGCCGCGUCGUGGCCUUCCCCUGUGUUCGAACCCCUGUGCAUUGCUCCAAGCUGGCAAUCUAUCUUUCGAGGCCGGGAGUCGGGGCUCAUCGAACAAAAAGUCCGGCCAACGCAACAUGGGGGAGCGAUCGUGGGUUUCCCGCCAGUAAUACUUC